AUCACCUACUCGACGCCUUAUACCUUGUGUUGAAAAUAUCCUCUCAGAUAGUGAAGAUGUGACAACGUUAGUACGAUGGUGGCUACGGGCAGCCUCUGCUGAUCGUACGACUUGGCGGCCACACAUGAGCGUCCACUUACCAUGGGACACUGUUUAGUCCUGCUACUCAUUACGACUUACGGAAUCAAGUUAUCCCUGCAGGCAGGGACUACUUUAGGAAAGCUUUUCGUAGUAACAGUGCCGAAAAUGAACAACGUCUGGGACGAGUACACCCAAAUGCCACAGAUAUACUUGUACUUGUUCACGAAUUCUCCAAAGGCGAUUGAGGUGAAUUUCAAUGUUUAUUAUCACGAAGAUAGUCCAAUCUCGAUCAAAUUUAAUGUCUACAUGACUAUACCAACGAAGUACAAACUCGAAAAACGUUUCCACUGGAUGCAAGGGACUCUCAAAUUUACAAUCGUCCUUGACUCCUACAAUAACUUUGGCGUCUGCAUGCUGAUGCUGGACAGCAAAAUAUCAGCGGAUACCUUGACCUUGAUACCUGUAACUGGGUGGGGAAAAGAGUACUUCGCGUUCACCACAAGUUGGACGCCAUCUAUUCAAGUCAUCACAAACGUUCGCAAUAAUAUUAUCGUUUAUCUGAAAGUUGGACAACCAAAGAAAUUCAAGUUCAUACAUAAUGGCAUCUCCUACUCUGACGGCAGUACUUUCAAAAUAAACUUGCUCGAGAACAGAGCUCUAGAAAUUUCUGACUGCCGAAACAGAAACGAAUUAGGAAGUUUAACAGGUACGAAAAUAAUCGGUGAGAACCCUGUGGGCGUCAUUACUGGCUCCUGCAAAACUCACAUCAAGACAAUGUUCUGUGACACCAGAUACCCAGCGGAUGACACGUCGAAACUCGACAUCGUGGCAGAUAUGCUGCUCCCGAAGGAGUCGUACGGAAAGGAUUUCAUCUUGUUCUCUCUGCCGUCCAGAAUCGUGCCCGGUGUGUACGUGGCCAUCGCGUCACGUGACGAGACCAGGAUGACCAUCUACGCGAGUGACGAGCAGGGGGAAGAAACGGAGAUCGUGAACCUAGCCAAAGCUAGUGAGUCUAUCGAGCUAGACUACGCUCACACUGUUGGCAGACUGAUCAGUAACAAGCCAGUCCAGCUGAUUUACCUUCAAAGGUCUGUCUGCAGAUUCCAGUCUGACGGCCGGACGGGUGAGAGAGGGGAUCCCAGCAUGUGUAUUGUGGUGCCAACUGAGCUUUUUUUCUAUUACUAUGAGUGGGCAACACUGAGCGACUUGUACGGAAUAGAUCACUACGCUUUGAUUCUCAGCUUAAAGAUUUACAGAAAAGAAAUCCUUUUAGAUGAUUUUGACCUGACCUAUGUCCAGACCAAGUGGUCGCAGAUCACCGGUAUGGCCCAGUGGGAAAUGGGGGAGCUGUAUGUCAUGCCCGGCUCUCACAUGCUGAGGCUGACCAACAACUUCUACUUCGGGUGCUACCUCUACGGCCUAGGGGAUGAGUACUCCUACAUGCACCCUGGUGGAAUGAUCACAGUGGAGCUGGAUUCGGAAGGCUGUGAAAAGAAACUGAAGAAUAUGUUCAAUGGUGACCUUAUUGACAAUGACUGUGACGGUAAAGUCGACGAAGAGAAAGAGGAUGGAGCAGAUAACGACAAAGAUGGACUGAUAGAUGAGGAUCUAAGUGUCUUUGAGGAUGAUGCUGUUAGAAAGGAGAAAGACAGGAAGAAGACCACCACGACCACAUCAACAACCACCACCACUUCCACCACGACGACGACGACAACGAGGGGCCAGGCAACAAGACCUGUGACCACGGCAGUGACCGUUAGAGGGACCACCAAACAACAAGAAUGUCCUCCAUUUACAUUCGGCUACAAAUGCUCUAAAAGCUGUGAGAACUGUAUAAGAGACUGUAAUAAAGUAAACGGCAGAUGCGAUGCCUGUAAACCUGGAUUUAAAUCUCCCGCCAGGGCUUGUAGGUUAGAAUGCUCACACCUACAAUACGGCGUUGCGUGUAAAGGCAAUUGCUAUGUAAAAUGUCAGAAAGAAUGUUACGAGAGGGUCCACGGAAUAUGCGAAAAAUGUCCUCUCGGUGCCUGGGGUCCAGACUGCUCCUGGAGUUGUGAAAACUGCCAAGAUGAGUGUGACGCGUCGUACGGUCGAUGUUCGUCCUGCAAGCCUGGGUAUAGGCAUCCAGAGAAGAGUUGUACAGUCCCUUGUGGACCUAAUGAAUAUGGCACUGGGUGUAAAGGGAAUUGCCAAGAGAAAUGUGGGAAAGAUUGCUUUGAAAGAGUUUUUGGAGAAUGUGAAGAGUGUCCAGUGACUACAUGGGGCUUGGAUUGUAAAGAAUCAUGCUUCAACUGCUUCAACGACUGCAACAAGUCCACUGGCGCCUGCCCAGACUGCCGCCCUGGGUACAUAAACCCCAAACAGGGAUGUACGUCCCCAUGCCCUGCUUACACCUUUGGGUACAAGUGCCAGUCUGCGUGCCCGAACUGUGCCGACGCAUGCUCAAAUAUCAAUGGAAGUUGUCAGAACUGCAAACCAGGAUUCUUGCGACCAGAAUUGGGCUGCACAAACGCCUGCCCAGAGUUUACGUGGGGCUACAAGUGCCGUUAUAGCUGUUCGAACUGCAAUGACAGUUGUGAUAAAACAACAGGAGUGUGCAAAGAUUGUAAGCCAGGCUACAAGAAUCCUGAAAGAGGUUGUGAUCAAGUGUGCAGAGAGAUGGAGUAUGGACACAAUUGCCUGGAAAAUUGCCAGACCAAAUGUGGCAAGGAUUGUGCAGAGAGAGUCUUCGGCGAGUGUGAAGUGUGCCCUGUAGGAUCUUGGGGGCGUCAUUGCCAACAGAGCUGUAUCCACUGCAAAGAAGACUGUCACAAGUCCUUUGGCAACUGUUCUCGGUGUGUGGCCGGCUAUAAGUUCCCAAACAUCGGUUGCCCUGACGCUUGUGGUAACAAUGAGUAUGGAGAGAAUUGUGAAGGGAUUUGCAAUGAGAAAUGUAAUGGAUCAGACUGCUAUGAAAGAAUUUUUGGUGAAUGCCAAAAGUGUCCAGACUUCAAUUGGGGCUUGCGCUGUGAGGAAAGCUGCCCAAACUGCAUUGAUGCAUGCAAUACUUCCACAGGGGCGUGUUCCUCCUGCAUUGCUGGAUUUAAAGGUCACCAAAGUGGCUGCAAUACUGAAUGUGGAGCCAAUGAGUAUGGAGAGAACUGUGCCCAAAGCUGCCAAGCAAAAUGCGGCAAGGAUUGUUAUGAGAGACGCUUUGGAGAAUGUGAAAAAUGUCCCGAUCGUAAAUGGGGACUUGGUUGUGCUGACAGCUGUGAAAAUUGUCGAGAAGAUUGCGAUAAGAGUUAUGGGACUUGUGUGCAUUGUAAAGCUGGAUUCAAGAGGCCAGACAAAGGCUGCAUUGUUCCCUGUGGUCCCAAUGAGUACGGUGAAGACUGUAUAGGAAACUGCCAGGAGAAAUGUGGGAAGGAUUGUUUUGAAAGGCAACAUGGGAUAUGCAACGGAGACCAGUAUGGUGCUUGGGAAGACUGGUCAUGCAGUAGAGAUUGUUCAGAUAGUCUACAGCACAGAAAACGGUUUUGUGAGUUCUCUGUGCAAUGUCUUAAAGAGAAUCAGACGCAGCCUUCCAACUGUUAUGUUGGAAAAAGAUGUCCAAAAGAUUGUCCAGAGUUCUUAUGGGGUCCUGACUGUAAGAAAAGCUGUAUCCAUUGUAUCAAGGACUGUGAUAAGUUUACCGGUGAAUGUAUUGAGUGCAACAGAGGCUAUAAAUAUCCAAGCACUGGAUGCACAUCAGUUUGUCAGGAGUUUGAAUAUGGUACUGACUGCGCUGGUAAUUGCAAGAAGAAAUGUAAGAACCUGGACUGUUCUGAAAGAGUUAAUGGAACCUGUAUAGUUGAUGGUAAUUUUGGCAUGUGGGGACCAUGGAAAUGUUCCAGAGAAUGUAAAAGCCUAGAGCAGGUGCGCUACAGAUACUGCGAUGAUCCUCAGCCUGCCAAUGGAGGAAAACAGUGUGUGGGAGAACGAGUCAACAAAAAAGAAGCUCUAUGCAAUGCUGAGAUCAAGUGUCCUGAAGACUGUCAUGACUAUGAAUGGGGAAUGAACUGUUUGAAUGGCUGUCCUGAAUGUCUCACAGCGUGUAGUAAGUUUAAUGGAAGCUGCCUCAGCUGCAAAGCUGGCUUCAAGGAUGCUCAACAUGGCUGCAAUUUAAUGUGCGAUUUAUUUGAAUAUGGCAUUGAUUGUAAGGGGGACUGCAGAAUAACCUGCCUGGGCCAAGACUGUCAGGACAGAGUCUCAGGAGAAUGCAAGCCUAAUUACUUCAAGUAUAUACCAUUGGUUCUGUCUUUGUUGCUGUUACCUAUAUGUACUUAUUGGUGUUUAGGACCCAGAAAUAUUGACAUGAACUUAGGUGAAGAGAAUUAUGAAAUCAAUCGGUCCAGCUUUCAAGACAGCUUGGAAUGGAAGGGAAGUGAAAUAGAUGAGCCGAGUGGUCAGGAGCCAAGUGGCCAGGAUGAGCCAGACACUCAAGCAAACCCUUUGCAGUAAAUCUCUCUCCCCUAGAGCUCAGUGGAAAGUCGAUGUAAUUGUUAUUCUCAAUCGGCACAUUGUUAUUCUCAAUUGGCACA